CAACUAAUCUUUUCCUUUUCUCUUGCAAGAUCAAGGGAGAAAGCGAGCGGGCUGCAGGCUUCGGACUCUAAGCGGUGCGCAGACCGCGCCCGGGGGCUUCGGCCCUGAACCCGGGAACCUCGCGUCUGCCAGCCUCACCAGGGCGCAGGCAGGGUGGCAGCUGGAGCUAGACCCGCGGCAGGUUUAAAUGUUUAUUUGGCUACCUGGCUACUGAUACAAGAACACAAAAUGAAUAACUCAACAAACUCCUCUAACAAUGGCCUGGGUCUUACCAGUCCUUAUAAGACCUUUGAAGUGGUGUUUAUUGUCCUUGUGGCUGGAUCCCUCAGUUUGGUGACCAUUAUUGGGAACAUCCUGGUCAUGGUUUCCAUUAAAGUUAACCGCCACCUCCAGACCGUCAAUAAUUACUUUUUGUUCAGCCUGGCCUGUGCUGACCUCAUCAUAGGUGUUUUCUCCAUGAACUUGUACACCCUCUACACUGUGAUCGGCUACUGGCCUUUGGGACCUGUGGUGUGUGACCUUUGGCUAGCCCUGGACUAUGUGGUCAGCAAUGCCUCAGUUAUGAAUCUGCUCAUCAUCAGCUUUGACAGGUACUUCUGUGUCACAAAACCUCUGACCUACCCAGUCAAGCGGACCACGAAAAUGGCAGGUAUGAUGAUUGCAGCUGCCUGGGUCCUCUCCUUCAUCCUCUGGGCUCCAGCCAUCCUCUUCUGGCAGUUCAUUGUUGGGGUGAGAACUGUGGAGGAUGGGGAAUGCUACAUUCAGUUUUUUUCCAACGCUGCUGUCACCUUUGGUACCGCCAUUGCAGCCUUCUAUUUGCCAGUGAUCAUCAUGACUGUGCUAUAUUGGCACAUAUCUCGAGCCAGCAAGAGCAGGAUAAAGAAGGACAAGAAGGAGCCUGUGGCCAACCAAGAUCCAGUUUCUCCAAGUCUAGUACAAGGAAGGAUAGUGAAGCCAAACAACAACAACAUGCCCAGCAGUGAUGAUGGCCUGGAGCACAACAAAAUCCAGAAUGGCAAAGCCCCCAGAGAGGCUGUGACUGAAAACUGUGUCCAGGGGGAGGAGAAAGAGAGCUCCAAUGACUCCACCUCAGUCAGUGCUGUCGCCUCUAAUAUGAGAGAUGAUGAAAUAACUCAGGAUGAAAACACAGUUUCUACUUCCCUGGGCCAUUCCAAAGAUGAGAACUCUAAGCAAACGUGCAUCAAAAUUGUCACCAAGACCCAAAAAGGUGACCCAUGUACCCCAACUAAUACCACGGUGGAGGUGGUUGGGUCUUCAGGUCAGAAUGGAGAUGAAAAACAGAACAUCGUAGCCCGUAAGAUUGUGAAGAUGACCAAGCAGCCUGCAAAAAAGAAGCCUCCUCCUUCCCGAGAAAAGAAAGUCACCAGGACAAUCUUGGCUAUUCUGUUGGCUUUCAUCAUCACUUGGGCCCCGUACAAUGUCAUGGUGCUCAUUAACACCUUCUGUGCACCCUGCAUCCCCAACACAGUGUGGACCAUCGGUUACUGGCUCUGUUACAUCAACAGCACUAUCAACCCUGCCUGCUAUGCACUUUGUAAUGCCACCUUCAAGAAGACCUUUAAACACCUGCUCAUGUGUCAUUACAAGAACAUAGGCGCUACGAGGUAAAACAUCUUUGACAAAGUGGAAAAUGGGAAAGGGAGCUUGGGAAGAAUACAAGGGGUAAAAGAGCUCCUAGUUUUAAAAUCUCUGCCAUUGCACUUUAUAGUCUUAUUAUGGAACGUGCAAUUCAGGAGUCCAAUAGCGACGCUGUUAUCAAGCCUAUGCUCCAGUUUGAGAAACUUGCAACUUAUAAACUGUCAGUUUAGGAGCAAUGAGACAAUGAAAGAGACAUGUUGGAAUUGUGGAUUCAAGGAAUGAUCUACGUUUUCUCGUGAUCUCUUAAAGAAGGGCUUCUGAACCUAUAAUUUUUCAGUCUGCACAAGAAUAACCUCGUUCUAUUUUUCUGUUUCUUUUUGUUGUUGUUAUUUUCAUGUGUCCAUGAGGAUAAAAUGCCAGAGUUUAAGCUAACAUGGAGACUUAAACAUAAAAAAAUAAACACUAUACAAUGGGGAAGUGAAGAAAGAAAAUCAAAAAAAGGAUGCAGAAAUGAUCUCCAGAGUGUUAAGCAUAUUUUAUCCUUUUGUUAUGGUUGUAUUUGGAGGAUUGCAAUGUAAUAAAUGCUUUUUUUUUUUUCACCUUUCCUUUUCCCACCAUGAAAAGAAA